UUCAGGGCCGGUCGGUGUGGAGAUGAAGCUCAAACAGCGCAUGGUGGUGCUGUGUGCCGUGCUCCUCCUGCUGGGCCUGGCCAAAAUCUUCCUUUUGGAUGGAGGUGAAGGAUCUGCCGCCAGCCGACGGGACCUCAGAGCGUUCCGUAAGAUGGAAGCUGGCCUUUCUCUGUCCCGCGGAGCUCGCCUCACCCACACCCUCCAGUCUCCAUGGGAGAUUGCAAGCCAGUGGGUGGGCCCGAGAGAGGUGUACCCUGAGGAGACCCCAGAGCUGGCUGCUGUGCUCACUGCCCUCAGCACUUCCAGGAUAGAACGGGCAGAUGUGGGUUAUAAGGGCACUCAGCUCAAAGCCCUUUUGGUGCUGGAUGGGGGACAGAAAGUGGUGUUCAAACCCAAAAGAUAUAACAGAGACUAUGUUGUUGAAGGCGAGCCAUACGCUGGCUAUGACAGACACAACGCGGAGGUGGCGGCUUUUCACUUGGAUAGGAUACUGGGUUUCAGGAGAGCGCCUCUUGUGGUGGGGCGAUACGUCAACCUGCGAACAGAGAUUAAACCUGUUGCCACAGACCAGCUGCUGAGCACCUUCCUCAUGCAGGGUAAUAAUACAUGUUUCUAUGGGAAGUGUUAUUACUGUCGGGAGAGCGAGCCAGCAUGUGCGGAGGGAGAGAUAAUGGAGGGAUCAUUAACCCUUUGGCUGCCAGACGUCUGGCCAUUGCAGAAACACAGACAUCCCUGGGGACGCACGUACAGAGAGGGGAAACUGGCCAGGUGGGAGUAUGAUGAGAGUUACUGCGAGGCAGUGAAGAAAAUGCCUCCAUAUGAUGCAGGGCCAAGGCUGCUAGACGUCAUAGAUACGGCCAUAUUUGAUUAUCUCAUUGGAAAUGCUGAUCGACAUCACUAUGAGAGUUUCCAGGAUGACGGCGGUGCCAGCAUGCUCAUCCUACUCGACAAUGCAAAGAGCUGUGGGAAUGCAGCUCUGGAUGAACGAAGCAUCCUCGCACCACUCUACCAGUGCUGCAUGGUUCGUGUGUCCACAUGGAACAGGUUAAACCUGCUGAGAAGUGGAGCUCUGAGUUCAGCAAUGCGGCAAGCUCUGGCAUUCGACCCUAUCCACCCGGUCCUGGCUGACCCGCACCUUGCAGCCCUGGACAGGCGUCUGUCCGGAGUCAUAGCGACUGUUAAGCAGUGCAUGGAAGCGCAGGGCCCGGACAACACUCUAAUAGAGGACCGAAUGAACCUGCCGCAUCCCUAGAAAUAAGGGAGAGGAGAAAACGGCAAAAAAACAGGAACAACCAGGACUUCACUUCCUGAGCCUGGAGAAGAGGAGAGGGACAUGGAAGGUGACUGACCAAAUGGAUCAGCCCUGGUGUUAAAGAAAAAGAGCUGCAGUGAGUAAAUGGAUCAGCAGGGUGGAACAAAGACAAGUGCAUUUCUUCUGCCCUUGUUCCUUCCUUGUUUGUCACUCUGACAAGACUGGUUCUCAAAAAAGAAUCAAUGAAUUCAAAGUGUUGGAACUGUGUCACUUUUCAGCUAUAAAAACAUACUCUCAGGACUGUUGUGCACUAGAGAACAGUAUCUGCUGUAAGAACCCCCCUCGUCUACUGCUACUGGUUGUGACGACACUCCUGCCAUGUGCCAGAUCCUCCCUCCCGGUCCAGUUUUUUCUUAGAAUUCAGCUAAGAGGAAGAGAUGGAGCCUGGAGAGAUGCAGACACUCAAAAGAGCAGGAGGGAAGAUAAAAAAAUGAGCCGCCAACAUCUGUAUGGAAGACACUGUACAGCUGUUUCAGGCUGUUUGGAGCUUACAGUCCAAGAAACUGAAAAUACGUUAUAGAACUGAAAAUGCCUUUUUUUUUUCCUCCUUGAACUGAAAUUUAACUUUGACUGGAAAAAGAAGAAAAUCAACUCAGCCCUACCCCAUCAGUGUGUACAUAUUUAACUAAGUAGUGACAUAGAAUUAUGAGAAAAAAGAAUAUAAAUUUCUGGAUAAUAAUAUUAAAUAAGCUUGUGUGUGUGUGUGUGU